AUGGGUUUUCUGUGCCAGUCCAUGUCCAGAGAAAAACAUGGGGAAAAAUACACCAAAGACCUCUUCAAGUCAGAGGUGCCCACUACACCAAGCUCAGAGGCUUGUAGUCUUCUGAACACCACUGGUAUGAAGAGAAGUGUGCAGUACAUUUUCAAAGAGAAAAAAAUUCCAGAAGCAUUACCAAAAGAAGUUACAACAUCGAGAAUGAAGAUAAAAUACCCAAAGCAGUUUUUUCCUCUUGAGACAACAUGCCAGUUAUGCACUGGACAUCCUUCACUUGCAGACGCUGUACUAGUUACAAAGAAAGCUAGAAUUGUCAGCAUGAUGGGAUUGAUAGACAACAUUUCAACAUACCAUAGGAUAUGUCCACAGUGCAACAUGGUGUAUAGGUACCAGGAGUGGAAAGAUGGCCUUCACAACUUUGAUAACCACAUUUUUCUCACCCUUGAACUUUGUGUGUUUCUCAGAGAAAAUGUUACCAACCAUGUGUCUGUGUCAAGAGUUGUGGAUUCAUUGGAGGGGUUGAGAGGAGAGAAGUUCCCAUCCAGGGAUGUCAUAUUUCAUGCCUAUUGCCACUUUGAGGCUUUGACUGACACAGAUUACACUUACUCUUGUGUCAGUUGUGGAUUUUACCCACCUGUGGUAGUCAUGGAUCUACUCAGGAAAGGGGUUUUCAAGCUGGCAGUCAGUGACCUCAAAGCACCCCCUGAUGACUUCAGCGGUGAACAUGACAUUGAGACUUUUUGGAAUUCUGCGAUGAUAAGUCGUGGAUUUUUUCAAAGCAGUGCAGACAACCCUUUCACUGUCAAUCCAAGCUACGAACACUGGGCACCCUGGAUUGGGAGUGAAACGCGUCGAAGUGGCACUGUUCUUAACACGGAUUUCAAAAAAGUGAGAACAUGCCCCUCUUCAGCUGAAGCACAGCUGAGCAGUGUUACUGAGGACCAUCUGAUUGAUGAACUGGCCAAACAAAAGGUUGGAGUUGUGAGGAAAUUGUGCAGAGCCUGCAACAUCGACACCAAGGGCUCCCGCCUUGAUCUCAUAACAAGACUGAAGGAGAACAUGAAGAGCAGACAAACAUAUGACAAGGUCUUCCAAAGCAUAUGGGGUGCAUCUGGUGGAUGGUCUGUAAUACUUUGCCCACAUGGCAUUGCAUACAGCAUCAAAUUUAAUCUACGUGCUGAAAGUCCCAGGGACUUUGCAGACCUUCUACUCUCCUGGAAGCACUUCCCAAAUGUCUGUGUUUAUGAUUUUGCAAGAGGUCUGGCGACACACACCAAUUUGCGGGUUCCUCAUUCACUGCCUUUCCAGCCUUAUGAGGGCAGACUGUCUGAACCCACAGAAGAGAAUGUGAAGGCAGCCAGGGAUGGAAAAUUGCAGGUGUCACUGCCAUGGCUACAUGAAAGGGUGCACUGUGGGGAGGAAAAUGCUCAUCCGGUCACUGGAUCUUCUGAGCACUAUGUGUUAUAUGACCGCUUCCAUGAGAAGAAUGCCACAGAUCCAAAGGACAUACUGCGCAGGGUCCAACUUGUCCCUGAGCUGAAAGGGUGGUUAAAUAGCCAAGUUGCGGAGCAGUUCUUUGCCAAAAUGCGUAAAAGUAACUACUUCUUCAACAACAUGGCUCCAUCAACCCAUGUAUUUCUUAUGAGAAGUGUUAUCCAUCGUCAUAACACCUUCACAAAUAGAGCACUUCUGGAGAGGCAGUUAAACUCUGGACGCCGAUUGGAACUUCUGAACACCAUCACCUUGUCUGCUUUGGGACAAGCUGUCAUAGCCCAGCAAUCAGAUGCAUCAAAACAACAAAGCACAACUGUGGUGGCCCAGGCACCUUCAGCAACAAGACCUGAACUCACUCCAGCCGAGCCAAGGUCAACUGAAAGCACAGCUGCACAACCACCCACCGAUGAAACACCAACACAUGAUGUUGGCCCUUCUCACCAUUGUCCAGACUCCUCAGUAGGCCAAGGUCUUUUCCCCAGCAUGGAUCACCAGGACGGCAGGCAGAAGCUGGCUCCAUCUCAUCCCUCCUUUCCCAAGCCACUGCACUCUGGUGCUCUGCAGACCCAGUUUGGCACUCGAGCUCCAUACUGCCCUCUGAACCAACAAGUGCCUGUCGUCCUCAGUGACUUGAGGCCAGACUUUCGGCUAAACAGGCAAACACUGACCUACCUCAUUAACACCCUCCGUGAGGAUCGUGACCAUGGUUGGGGUCAGGAUCUUGAAAUUCUGGUCUUCAUAUUCUGUCUGGCAAGUGCAACUUCUUACCGGGUUGUUUGCAGAGCAUUUGAUAUGCCCCGUUCAACAGUCCACAUGAUUGUCCACAAAGUCUCAAAACUGCUCCUCCGUAUCAAACGCAAGGUGACCCACUUCCCAUCUUUAGAAGAGCUUGAGGAAAUCAGCACAGGCUUUGCAAACCUGGCUGGCAGUCCUGUCUUUAGUUCAAUUGCUGGUAGCAUUCAAGCCUGA